GGAAAGAGCCCGAUAACAGUUUUCCAGCAGAAGUUCAGAGCAGUUCUUUCUGGCAGAAAAACAAUUUACCAAUAGUAUCCCGAAACUCUUGAUUUUUCAGUAGCCACCUCCUUGAGCAUCAUUUUUCGUCAACAUGAUUCUGCAGAUCCUCCUAAUCCCUGUGCUUCUAUGGAUGGGUAGUGCUUUGGAAUGUGAAGUCUGCACUGGCCUUGGAAGCAACUGUAGUGGUCCAAUGGAGACUUGUGCCGACGGUCAAGACACCUGUGCAGUCGUAAUGGUUGAAAACACAAUAGAUGGGGAACGGCUUCUGACAGUGAUGAAGGCCUGUGAGUCCUCUCAUGUGUGUGAUGGCCCACCGUCUUAUAUGAAUUUAGGAAAGGGAAGAUAUGUAAGAACAAGCGUUGCCUGCUGCGUGGGAGAUCUCUGCAAAACAGCUCAUCCUCACUUGGCUCCAGUAAUGAACAAACCCAAUGGGAAGCAAUGCCCAGCCUGCUAUUCCUUCUCACCCUCUGGGUGUGGAACAGAGGUGGUGGAUUGUGUUGGACCUGAGAACUACUGCCUUGACAUGGUGGAAAAAGUAACAUACGGUAAAUUUGUCAUUGACCUCACCAUGAAAGGUUGCAUUACAGAAGCUCUGUGUGCCUCAAAAGAAGGCGAAGUCACAUCUGCAAAUAUUCAUACCAAUAUUGCGAAGGCCACCUGUACUCCAGCUUCUGUUGCCGUUUGAACGAUUCCUUCAUCGUUUCAGCUUCUGGAUUGUGAUAGAGCUUCUGACCAACCUGUUCUGUGUUGCAAUAAUGCCUUCUUUUGUUUGUUUGUUUGUUUUGCCAAAGUUAUUUUCUUUUUAGAUUAUGUUUUCUAACAGCCUCAAUUUACUGUCACAAAUGUAACUUUAUACAGUUCUAUUUCUGAUACAUUUUACAAGCCACUUUCUUCUUCUAGGAGCUUUGAUUUGGAGCUGAUGUAGACAAAAAAAUGAUAAUAAAAACCUAAUUUUCUCUGA